UUCAGAUUAUACAAAGUAUGUAAAAAGAUGGUUUUCUGUGUUAAUGCCAAAAAUAGUUCCAUUUUUGUACGGAAAUGAAGGCAACAUUAUCAUGGUUCAGAUAGAAAAUGAGUAUGGACACAAUGGUUUCGAUGUUUGUGAUAAAGAAUAUACUCUAUGGCUCAGGGAUUUGCUUCGUAACUAUGUUGGGGAUAAAGCACAACUUUAUACCACUGAUGAAUGCAAUAUUUUUUUUACAUGAAAUGUGGCCACAUUCCAAAUGUAUACUCUACGGUGGAUUUCUCCCCAACAG